AUGUUAGUGCCCAAACGCUAUGUGCGGUUCGGGAUCUCGCUGCUGUUGCUCUUAGGAGCAGUUUGGCUUUUGGAAGCGUUCUUGCGCUUUCAACAGCAAGCAUUUCUUUCUUCUCCAAUGAGCUUGGUAUCAAUUACUCACCGAGAUAACCAAGCAGAUUUUGAUGCGCUUAAGAUUAUUGAUGCACUUAAGGAACAGCCUCAGGACCGCAAUUUAGUGAUCUCCAUUGGUGUCAUGACAUGUCUCUACGCUGGAACGUUCCGGGAACUUUGCCCGUCGUCCCGUAAGUAUGGGGUGGGUAAUCCGGACUCUCUUUUGGCAGAUAAAGCCGCUUGUAAAGUCAUCAGGAAGGAUUUAGCACGAAAAAGACGUUUCCGGUUUGUGGGUGUGUCGCACUACCUCUUUUAUGAGACAAUUUCACUCUCACAAGCAAUUGAAUAUCUUUCUGGCUCAGCAAAGCCGAUAAAUGCACUUCAAGAUUUUAACAAAGACAUCCCGGAACAUUACGAUAACACGGCAGCUUUUCACGCCCUAAAUGAGCGAAACAUACGAAAUUGGACCUUUGUCAGUGAUGUAGACGUCAUUUUUGGCGCGGGCGCUGUGGACCCUCGAUCAGGUUGGACUCUUUCGAGUAAAUUUCCACUGAAAUUAGGUUCCACCCUCAAAUAUGUCUCGCUCAAGAGGCCUGCCUCAACUGUAGAAUCCGAGCACAACAUUCGUCUCCACGUCGGUCCUCAAAACACUUUUAAGAUAGUGCAGCUAGCUGACCUCCAUUUCAGUGUCGGAGAUGGUCGCUGUCGUGACGAAUUUCCCAAGCAUGACGAAUGUCAUGCAGACCCUAAAUCCACAGCUUUUAUCGAGCAGGCCUUGGAUUCUGAGAAGCCGCAAUUGGUUGUGUUUACUGGAGACCAAAUAAUGGGACAGGAAUGCUUUUUAGAUUCCACUUCAGCCUUGCUUAAGGUCGUUAAGCCGGUCAUAGACCGGAAAAUUCCAUACGCAAUGGUAUGGGGCAAUCACGACGAUGAAGGGAGCUUAGAUAGAUGGCAGCUUUCAAAACUAGCACAGUCAUUGCCUUACUCCAUGUUUAAAAUUGGUGAGAAGGACACAAAUGAUAAUACUUUCGGAGUUGGAAAUUACGUUCAUCAUAUCUAUGACGAGAAUGGUGACGCCUUGUCAGCCUUGUAUUUUCUAGAUGCGCACAAGUACUCCCCCAAUACGAAGGCUUAUCCUGGAUACGACUGGAUCAAAGAGGAGCAGUGGAAGUUCUUUGAUCAGUACGUAGAUGAUUUUUCUGAGCAAGGAAAAUCGCUAUCGAUGGCUUUCUUUCACAUCCCCUUACCAGAGUAUCUCGACUUUCAAUCAAAAAGUACAUCUGACUCUCAAAAUCCUAUUGUUGGCAACGCGAAGGAAGGAAUCACGGCCCCCAAAUACAACUCUCAGGGUCUGAAGACUUUGUCGCGAUUAGGCGUUAAGGUAGUCACCACGGGUCACGACCAUUGCAAUGAUUUUUGUUUACUUGAUGAUUCUAUAUCGCCUGCCAAUGAAGACAAAAUCUGGCUGUGUUUUGGUGGUGCUGGUGGUGAAGGAGGUUAUGCUGGAUACGGCGGGACGGAACGCAGGAUCAGAAUUUUUGAGCUAGAUUAUACGGAGAGAAAAAUUGUGAGCUGGAAAGUGUUGAACAGUUCGCCCACCAUCCCCUUUGAUCGGCAAAUACUUGUCAGCGAUGGCAUUCCAAAAACUGAUUCACUUGCAUGA